CGGCUCCAUCGGCAGAGCAGAGCACCCGGAGAAGAAGCUAGGAGAUCGAUUCGAAGCUGCGCGGGGAUUUACGUAUGUAUUACGCGUGGGGUAUUUAAUUUCGGUAUUUAUACGAGUGAUAAUCUACCGGAAAAGGAGGAGCGAGAGGAGAAGCAAGGUGGUGUAAGGAAACCAAGAAGAAUCCAUGGCGCCGUUGGAGGCGGUGGCAACGACGACGAUGAGCAGCAGGGUGGAGGCGGCUGGGCGGAUGCCGUCCAUGGAGUGGGAGCCCAAGACGCUGACGCUUGACCAGAUCAAGUUCGCAAGGGAGGCGGCGCUGUACGUGGUGAGCACCAAGACGGAGGAGGAGGCGAUCCGGAUCUUCACCGAGGGGCUCAAGCCCGUGGAGGUGACCGUCAGGAAGUCCAACUCCUUCGACUCCUCGUCCGACGAUGACGUCGACCUCGGCUGCUCCUCCGACUCCACCAAGCAGGCCCGCGGCGGCGGCAGCAAAGGCGGCGCCCGCGGCGGCCACCGCGGGUGCCGACGGCGCUCCAUCGACAUCGAGAGGGACGUCACCACGGCGCCCUUCUAGCUAGCUCUUAGACGACGACGCUUCGAUCGUGCGUACUUAGGAAGGGUCUCUUCUUUUUUCGUUCCUUUCUCCCUGCAGUUCCCUUUUGGCUUCUGGCCUCUUUUUUUUUUCUUUGACAAGGUUGGCUGCUGGCUUGGUUUGGUUGUUUAGAGGAGCCGGCGUUUAGCAACCAGCUAGCUAGUUAGCGCGGCAAAUUUUGAAGGCGCAAAGACUUUAGCUGAAAGUCUAGAUGUGAAGAGCAGCUAGCGUCCGUGUAAAUAUCAGAAGCUAGCACUGUAAAUUACAGUUUUUUACCUUCUCGCAAAGUUCA